UAAAAAAAAAUUUCAAUUUCCAAAUCCAAUAACGUUAAAAUAUGACACGUUGACUUAUUUGAUGACUGUCCCAAAAUGCAGAGACUAACUUAUAAUAUGAUCGUUAUUCCUUACAAAGUGACAUUUAUAAAAACAUAUUAAGAAUUUUUCUAAAAUGUUUCGAAGAUGUAGUGAAUAGGUAACCAUGCGUAGAAGACCACUGCCGUCGGUCCGCGAAGAAGUUUCUAAUCCAAAGACGUGGCGGAGUGUCUGUGAGAGUGAUUGGGCUGUGUACACAUUAGUGGCAUCUGUGGGCGCUCUGACGUACGCUAACAGCCUGCAGGGAGAGUUCGUGCACGACGACAUCCCCGCGAUCGUGAGCAACGGCGACGUGACCGGCGCCAACCCCCUGCUCCACCUCUUCAGGAAUGACUUCUGGGGCACGCCCAUGUCCGAGCCUAGCAGUCACAAGUCAUACCGACCGCUUACUACACUUACGUUUCGGUUGAACUACUUAUUGUGCGGGCUGUCUGUGUGGUGGUGGCAUUUGGGCAACGUUUGCCUGCACGCGGCAUGUUGCGCGUUGGUAGCUAGAGCAGGCGCCGUCGUCGCACGUCUGCAGCGGCCCUUCGCCGCUCUCGCCGCGUUACUCUUUGCUGUACACCCUAUACACACUGAAGCUGUGUCCGGUGUGGUCGGCCGCGCAGACGUGUUGGCCUGUGUCUUAUUUCUAUCUUCUCUACUACUUUACCAUGGGUCUGGCCGGCAGCGCGUGUGGGCCAGUGCGGGGUUGGCAGCGUUCAGCAUGCUGGCCAAGGAGACCGGCCUCACCGCGCUUCUCUUCAACAUCCUCUUCGACAUCUACCGCUGCUGGGGGACCAUGACGAGGUGUGGGCUAGGUCGUUGUCGCUGGCGGAGCGAGGGACAGGGCGAUGGCAUGUGGGGACGCGCGGUGCGGUCGGCGGGCGCGCUAGCGCUGGCGGCGACGCUGCGGCUGUGCGCGCUGCACGGUGCGCUGCCUGCAUUCUCACCGCAGGACAACCCACCCGCCUUCCAUCCCUCUUUCCUAGUCAGGUUGAUGACAUUCAGCUACCUGGCGGCUUUCAACUGGUGGCUGGUGCUGUGUCCCUGGCCGCUCAGCCACGACUGGCAGCUGGGUUCAGUGCCGCUCGUGACCAGCGUCGCUGACCCGCGCAACGCGCUCACGCUACUCGCCUUGGCCUCACUCGUCGCGUUGUCUUACUGCGCUCUCACAGAUAUUGAGGCACAGCGACGCACUCCAGCGGCGGCAGGUCUGCUUCUACUGGUGCUGCCCUACCUGCCGGCCUCCAACCUGCUCGUCACCGUCGGAUUCGUCGUCGCCGAGAGAGUGCUCUACAUACCGAGUAUCGGCUCUAUAAUAAUAACGGCGUACGGGCUGCAACUGCUGUGGCGGCGCUACGGGCGUGCGCGGCGGCUGCUGGCGGUGGGUGCGGCUGUACUUGUGGCCAGCGGCGCCGCGCGCACGCAGCUUCGCAACUGCGACUGGCGCACCAGGGAGACACUGCUCAGAGCUGAUCUGUCGGUAUUGCCGCAUAAUGCCAAACUACAUUACAACUUCGCGAACUUUCUCAAAGAUAUCGAGCAACAAGAGAGUGCCAUCAAACAUUACAAAGAAGCAUUGAAGCUGUGGCCGAGCUACGCGAGCGCGCACAACAACCUGGGCACGCUGGUGGUGGCGUCGGGCCGCUCUGAGUACCACUUCCUGCAGGCGCUCAAACACAACCGGCACCACCUCAAUGCGCAUUAUAACCUCGCCAAGCUCUACAGGAAAAAUAAUAGAAUAAGUGACUCCUUGAAAAUGUUAGAGAGAUGUAUAACGCUGGAGCCCAGGUUCGUGCAGGCUUACCUCGAGCUGCUGCUGGUCACUCCGCUCGCGGAUAGGAGAGGGAUACUGGACAAGCUGCUGGAGCUGGAGCCCAGGAACUGGGAGCAUCACCACAUCUAUGGCAACUGGUUAAAAGAAAGAGGUCUGUGGCCAUUAGCUCUGCAAUACUACAUGACUUCAUUGCGGCUGUCGAUGAGUGCCGCGCCCCCUGUGCCCGCCGUGCCCGGCGCACGCCUCCGCCCCGGUGCAUCCCCCGCGCCGGUUACGCCGCCGUCGCUGCGCUCCGCCUGCCUGCUGCUGCGCAGCGCUGGCCAACACGCGCGCGUCUUGCAGCUCAUUGAUAGAUGGGUGAGGUUGCGCAGCGACGAGGCGUCGAUGGCGCGGCGCUGGGCAUUGGCGCGCGCGUGGCGGCUGCGCACCGAGCUCGCCGGCCGCGCCGCCAAGUACGCGCGCACGCCUACGGUGAAAUCCACUUGUCUGCAUCACAGCAAACUUGAAGUAUUAGAAAGCUCGCACAAGUUAAACGACAUGAAAGAUGAGACGAGCACUUUUAUGUACAAAUAUGAUAUACAUAGUGUUAAACAUAGGAAAGAUGAGGUGAAAAACUCUGUAGUGAACAGCUGCCAAAGAAACUUACUGAUUGAUAACAAAAAGGAGAUGUCAAUGUACACACACAACAAAUCAGAGACAAAUCACAAGCACAAAAGUUGUCGUAUUCAUAAAAAGAAGAAAAUAAAAGAACCCGCCUCAUUCGCUCCUUUUGUGUCGGACCAUUUUAUAAAGACUUACUAGAAUAAAAUGUCUAAGUGUAACAUAUUGUGCAAAUUGAAAGUAUUAUUUGAAUAUUUCU